AUGACUCGUGUAUGGACGCCACUGGAGUCGGUGACGUACUGCGGCUGGACGUGGCCCACGGAGGCCAGCUGGGACGCGGAGCGCGGCGAGUGCGUGUUCGCCUCGUCUGGUCGCAAGCUCUACUACCUGCUGGUCACUGUAGCGCUCUUCUUCCUGCCCGUGGCCAUCAUGCUGACCGCCUACUCUCUCAUCGUGUGGCGCCUGUGGAUCACCCAGAUGCCCGGAGAGCGCAGUGCUGCAAACAUCAACGCCCAGUGCCGCGCCAAGAAGAAGGUGAUCACAAUGGUGUGCACGGUCCUCAUCGCCUUCGUCAUCUGCUGGAUGCCGCUCCAGGUUAUCGUGCUCUAUUCGCAGUUCGGAGACUCGAAACAACGGGACAAGGAGAUGCCGGACUGGUUCACCGAGGCGUCGUCAGUGGCGACCUACAUCGCUUACUCCAACAGCUUGCUGAAUCCGAUCAUCUAUGGAGGCUUCAACAAUAACUUCCGCCAGGGACUCUGCACCGUGCUCCAGUGCUACAUGCGCAGGAAGCCCUCGCAGUUGCCUCGCGCUAGCAUUCACUCUGCUCGGAUGGACAAGUGCCAGCGGACGUGCACCAAGACCCGCUGCACCGUAUCCAGCUUCCACAACCACCACAGCUGCCCAGUCACCUGCGGUGGCCCUAAGACUGUUGUGGGGCGCCAGCGCUCGUACCAGGGCUGCCCGGAGUCCGGCCGACCCGCCAGCUGGGCUGUCGGACGACUGGUCUACUCGGCUCAGCGUGGCACCGCGCAGGACGCCGAGCAGCCGCGAGAAGCCGCCGACUACACCGAUGAGCCCAACCGAGGCACCGCAGAUGAGGAAAGCUGCCUCCAGUGCCGCCACUCCCACAAUCACGCUGGCAGUGGGGAACCAGCCUUCGGUGCCCCAGGGGCUAAUGGAAGCCUCGCCUGAGCGCGUCACCACGACGCGCGCUGUGGUUCGCCGGAAACUGCUCUUACCGGAUGACCGCUCACCGACAGAGCACAUCAUCGCGACGUCGCUCGAACCGCACGCCAGCUCGGUGGUCUACGAGUCCUCU